UUUCAUUUGAGGUUUGAAGUAUUUAUUAGUAAUUGUUGUCAAAAUAAACUUUAAACAAUUAAAAUAUAAAAUGGAAACUAAUUAUAUAUCUUGCUCGACAAAUAGUCAUUCAAGAUCAGUUGAUUGGGGAAAAAAUAACAAGAUUGCAUAUGGUUCAUCAAAUGCAGUUGCAAUAUAUGAUCCAAAUGUUGAAAACAACACCGGUAAAACUGAAAAAACACUUCAUAAACAUAUGUCAAAAGUUAAAAUAGUAAAAUGGAUAACAAGAGAACAAGAUAAAAUUGAAGAUGAAUUAUUAUCAGCUUCAAUUGAUGGUACCAUAAUAAUUUGGAAUGUUAAUGAUGAUGUUUAUACUCCAGAUAUUAGCCUAAGUCUUGGUGAUAGUUUAACAACUGCUGAUGCAAUUUAUUUGGAUGAUAAUACUCAUGAUGAUUAUAAAAAACGUGAUCUAUUAAUAUGUGCAUCAUCAUUUAAUGAAAUAUUUUCAGUAUGGCAACGUAAAUCAAAUGUCAUAAGUGAAAAACAAAUGAUUAAUUUAAAUGGAAAAAUACCAACAGAAGUAUUAUUUGCAUUUCUUCCUGGUAAAUCAAAAUAUCCAAUAAUAAUUGCUGGUCUUGAUGAUUCAUCAAUUCAAAUAUUAGCAUGGGAAAAUUAUAAAAAUGAGACAAUACCAAAUUUUACAAAAGUCAGAUCAUUAAAUGGACAUCAAGAUUGGAUUCAAUGUUUUGAUUAUAUUAAAAAUGAUAAUAAUGAAAGUGUACUUGUAACUGGUUCACAAGAUGGUACAAUAAGAUUAUGGAAAAUAUUAAUUGCUGAAGAAAAACCAGAUGAUGAAAAAAUAAAUCAAUUUAAAAUUGGUAAUGAAGAAUAUGAAAUUAUGAUUGAAUCUGUAUUAAGUGGACAUGAGCAUCGUGUUUAUGGUGUUAAUUGGAUUCCAUCAAUAACUAAAAAUGGUAAAACAAUUAGAGAAAAUAAAUUAUUAUCAUGUGCAUUGGAUCAAUCAAUGAUUGUUUGGUCACCAAAUGACAAUGGUGUAUGGACUGAAAAUGUUAGAUUAGGUAAUGUUGGAGGUAAUACACUUGGUUUUUAUGGUUGUAAAUUUAGUGGUGAUGGUUUAAGUGUACUUGCACAUGGUUACAAAGGUACAUUUCAUAUGUGGAAAUAUAAUAAUGAACUUGAUAGAUGGUUACCAUUAUCAGUACCAAGUGGACAUAAUUCUGAUGUUACUGAUAUACACUGGGAUCCAAAAGGAAGAUAUUUAUUAUCAACAAGUUUAGAUCAAACAAUAAGAAUUCAUGUACCAUGGAAAAUAAAUAAUAAUAAUAAUGAAAUUUGGAAAGAAUAUGGACGUCCAUUGACUCAUGGAUAUGAUAUUAAUUGUAUUGAAAUAUUAACACCAACAAUGUUUGCAUGUGGUGCUGAUGAAAAAGUUCCAAGAAUAUUAACAGCACCAAGUGAUUUUAUAAAAUGUUUAAACAAUGAAAAUUGGAUAAUUUCAAAAAAUACAAAUAACAGAGUUGAAGUAGGAGCAUUAGGUUUAACAAAUAAAUCAUUUGUCAAUAAUGAAAAUGAUAUUAUAGAAGAAGAUUUUGAUAUUAUGGAUAUUAAUAAUGAUAGAGGACCAACUGAAGAAGAAAAAAUACGUCAUACAAAAUGGGAAGAAAUAAGAAAACUUUAUGGUCAUGGUUAUGAAAUAUUUUCAAUGGCAUCAAGACAUGAUGCUAAAUUAUUAGCAACAGCAUGUAAAUCAAAUAAUGAAGAACAUUCAAGUAUAUUACUUUGGAGUACAGUAACAUGGGGAUAUGUACAAAAAUUAAUAUCACACAGAUUAACUGUAUCACAAAUGGAAUUUUCACCAAAUGAUAAAUACUUGGUAUCAGUAUCAAGAGACAGACGUUGGUCACUUUUUUAUUCACAAAAUGAUGAUGAUAAUAAUAUUAAUUAUGAACUUGUUGGUAUAAGUCCAUCAAGUGGUUCAUUACAUACAAGAAUAAUAUGGUGUUGUGCAUGGACACAUGAUUCAAAAUACUUUUCAACUGGUUCAAGAGAUGGUAAAAUUGGUAUUUGGAAUGCUGAUAAUAUUAGAUGUAAUAAUAAUAACAAUGAAACACCAAUACCAUCAGCUCAAUUAGAAAUUAAAGGUACAUCUGUAACAGCUCUUUCAUUUUCACCUGGUAUACUUGAUACUGAUAACUACAUUAUUGCUAUUGGCUUUGAAGAAGGAAUAAUAAUGAUACAAAAAUUAACAAUUUAUAAUGAUGAAUCAAAUUGGAUAUGUUGUAUUAAAAGUGAUACAUCUUGUGGACAUCAUAAAACAGUUAAAAAACUAUCAUUCAGACCAUCUUUUAAAAAUGAAUUAAUUCAACUUGCAAGUUGUGGCUCUGAUGGAGCUGUUAAAAUUCAUGAUAUUAAUAUUAAUCAAAUUUUAAAAUGUUAAUUAUUUUUUUCUUUAAAUAAAACCAUCAAUAAUUAAUUAUAAAUUUUUAAUUGUUGUUAUUUUUUUACUUACUCGUGUU